AUGCAAUCCCGGCUUUGCGAAACAAGUUCUUUUUUGGCCGCAAAUAUGGCAUCACAUCACGGGAGUACUCAAUCGGAACCGGCAGAAAUUGAACAGAUAAUUACUGAAACUUCUGCUAAAAUUCUUCAUAUAAUACAUGAAUCGCGGGGCUCGUAUGUUUCAUCUCGUAAUUAUAGCAGUGAGCAAUUUUUGUCAUCCCCAUCCCCCCCCUCAUCAUCAUGUUCCUCAUCGAGUUUUGGGCUGAGGGAUAAGUCGUUUAAACUAGCACUUAGGGACUGCCCUGCGGCACUGGAGAACAUAGGUUUUUGGCAUCAGAGUAAUUUCGAACCCAUGAUUGUUGACGUGAUUCUAGUGCGAAGGUCAGGCAAUUGGGACCCUGUGAAUUAUUUCCCGAAAAAAGGGUUUGCAACAGAUUUGUCUGGCAAAGAGCGGUACCAUUACAGUUCUGAAAAUGAUGAGAUUGACAGUGAAAAGAUUAUUGAGAGGUGGGUUCUACAGUAUGAGAGUAAGCAAAGUGGUGACAAUUGUGGUGGUGUGAUGGGGAAUAAGAGAGCAACUUGUGCUAUUUCAGAUGCACUAUAUAAGAAGUCAAUAAUGUUGUUAAGGUCUUUGUACGCGACUGUGAGACUUUUGCCGGCUUAUAAGGUUUUUCGUGAUCUCAUUUCGUCAGCCCAAAUUAGGGGAUACAAUCUUUGUCACCGGGUGUCAUCAUUUGUUGAGCCGUUCACGAGUAGAGAAGAGGCAGAUAUGCAAAGCUUUGUUUUCUCUCCACUUAACACUGCUUGUGGUAGUCUUUGCCUCUCAGUGAUGUAUUGCUCAUCAGAGUUGGAUAUAAUUUCUGAGCCCUCCACCCCAAUUUCUCCACAAGUCAUUCACGAAUAUGUUGGGAGCCCAAUGGCAGAACCACUUAAGAGGUUUACACCUGGUCCUGUGCCUCAAUGCUCCACGUCGACGUCUCCUUUUGGGAGACGUCAUAGCUGGAGAAGACCAGGGUCAUUUGAUCAGCCUGGUGGACUUUAUCCAGUUGGAAAAUCUCAAGAUGCUGCUGCUCCUUUUCACAUGCUCAAUAAGGUACCCCCUCUUCGCCCAGACAUCUCUAUCACGACUAAUUUGGUGCAGGAUUCCAAGUCCGUGAUCGAAGAAUUUUCUCUAGAGUCACUGUUGGAGGACUUUGGUUCUUUGAAUCUCUCAUCCUCUGGACUCGCUUCUACCAAAACUACAGCUGAUGCAUUUACAGAGCUCGUGGAGUACAAGAAAAUGAAAGAAGUACUGCUGAAGCAGGGUAAAGGAACUCAGGCAUAG